AUGACUUGUUCGUCAAAUCAUCGAUAUGGCCUUAAAAUCCUGACGAACGCGGAGACGACCGCGAGAGGUAACAUAUAUCAUGCAUAUGUCUCUGCAACUCUGCCUCCGCUGAAGGCCAUCUUCGUACUAGAGGCUCCGACUAUGGGCUUGACCGCGUCAACGGCUGGACGGCCUAAUCCCUCUACAUGGCACGAUGACACUGGCCACCCUAACAUCAUGCCUUGGUCAAGAGAUCGAAGAGUAUAUCCCACCCUGCGACGCGCUUCAGUCGCAAAUUGCGACCUCGCAUGCGAACAAGACCGGAGUAAAGCUGCGGAAGUGGGAGUCUCGCGCGCCCUCACCAGACGGACGAUCGCCCUCGUCGCUCCUACCGAAGAGGGCGAGCCUGCUGCUGUUUCUCCCACUGGCCAAGCGCGUGUCUCUCUUCCUUCCGCUGCCCCCUCAGCAGAGACUGUCGUUGCUCGUCACACUCGCAUCCAAGUCCAACAUAUCCAAAGUACGUCCCAUGGCAGCGACAUCAUUCUCAUCCCGGGAGGCGACGGAGUCGACUCACCUGUUAAUGGCACAGUCGCCACUAAAUUGGGUAGCUCAAGCUCGCAUUCGAGCUCGAUACGGGUACCUUCCGCGACCCACAUGCAUCUGGGAAUAUGA